UCGCCGCGCGCACAGACCGUGAGCUUGUUGUUCAGUCGAACAGCGCGUGGAAUUACAGAUUUUUGAAUAAAACGGAAAACACAGCCGUACCUGACGCGUCCUAAAGACGUUAAAACGCAAACGUAGAGUAUUUUUUCUUGUCUUUUCAUGUUUAUCUCAACCAUGGCUGCGUUAAUGAUUAGAUUACAUGCAGAAAUGACUCCGCGAAAGUUUUGACUUUUAUAACAGCAGUUAUUGUUGGCUCUCCCAACGGAUCCUUCAAGACUCGAUCAAGGAAUCAAGACUCGAUUACGGAAUCUCAUGUAAACUUUAUAAAUGAAGAUUAAAAACAUCGGCACGCUCUUCUUCUCUCUGCCAAGCGUCGCACAUGGGGUGACACUGAGGAGCUUCCUGGGCCACUGAGACGUGACUUCGGGCUGGGCGUCUCAUUUCCUGUGCCCCUGCUGGCCCAGACAAGCUGCCCUCUGAAUGACUACUGGCCGUCUGGUUGCAGGGCUUUGCCAAGCUGCCACCAUGAGCAAAUACUCCCAGUACUUCAACAAGACCCUCAUAGAGGUCCACUAUCGCAUUGCCAAGAACAUGAGCCAGAAGGAAAUCAAAGGCCGCAUGGAGAGUAAACAAAGCCUGAGCGCCCUGAACAUUUUAUUUGUCAUAAUCUGCAGUAUCAUCAUCUUGGAAAACCUCCUGGUACUCAUUGCCGUGUUCCGCAAUAAGAAGUUCCACUCUGCCAUGUUCUUCUUCAUCGGGAACCUGGCCUUCUCGGACCUACUGGCUGGCUCCGCCUAUAUUGCCAACAUCUUCCUGUCAGGCCCUAAAACAUUUCAUUUGGUGCCUGUCCAGUGGUUCAUACGAGAAGGGACUGCUUUCAUCGCACUGGCUGCCUCAGUUUUCAGCCUGCUGGCUAUCGCCAUAGAGCGCUACAUAGCCAUCACCAAGGUCAAAGUUUACGGCUCCAACAAAACUUGCCGCAUGUUCCUUUUGAUCGGAGCGUGCUGGGUGAUGUCCAUCCUUCUGGGAGGGCUUCCCAUUAUUGGUUGGAACUGUAUUAAUAACCUGGGGGAUUGCUCCGCUGUCCUGCCUCUCAACUCCCGAUACUACAUCCUGUUUGUCGUCACCAUCUUUACCAUCAUCUUGCUGUCCAUUGUGAUCCUUUACGUUCGCAUCUACCUUAUUGUGCGUACCAGCCACCAAGAGGCCACCAAUUCUCCAGCUUACGCUCUCCUGAAGACUGUCACGAUCGUACUUGGUGUUUUCAUCAUUUGUUGGUUGCCCGCCUUCACCAUCCUUCUCUUGGACACUUCUUGUUCGAUGAAAAAAUGUCCUAUCCUCAACAACGCUGACAUCUUCUUCAGCAUCACCACACUGAAUUCGGCACUGAACCCGCUGAUCUACACGUUGCGGAGUAAGGACAUGAGGAAGGAGUUCCUCAGGGUGCUUUGCUGUUGGGGGCUGCUCAAUUGUGGCAGGCCUCCUCACCGCUGCAUGGUGCCACUCAAGAGCUCGAGUUCAAUGGAGCACUGCACCAACAAACACGAACAUCAGUCAAUUCCCAUCAUGCAGGACUGCACUACUUGUGUCUGAUUUCGUCUCCUCAGUGCCCAGGUGUUUGAAGACAAGGGGAGACCCCAGGCAAGGCACAGAAGACAGAAGUGUUCAGAGACCUCACUGAUGAACGAGAAUCACAAUCAAUGUCUUCGGACUCUUGGACAUUUAGGGCAGAUAUCACAGCUGUGCUACCGGACUCACACGUGUCCUUUUGUUGCUUAUGUCCUUGCAAAAGUUCCUGAACAUCACAGAAUGAGACUUCACCACGUAUUUGACAUUUUAAGGCAAAAUUAAAGAAAGCCAAAUUCAAAUGGGAAUAUCCAUUUAAGCUCUUUGACAAAACAUGAACAAUUUAAAGUUGCACUUUGUAGACUUCUAGGCAGCUUGGGAUUGUAUAUUUCUCAUAUGCUGACCAACCUACCAGAAGUCGCAUACAAGAUGUAUCCUAUCCACAAGUAGACUACCACUGUCUUGGUUCAGAGACUUGAGAGGACAGAUUGAAAUGUACAGAUCGACAAUGCACUCCAUGUGAGCCAAACAACCAUGCAUGCUUGCAGAACCUCUCCUAAUGUAUUCAUCAAAUUACUUGAUAUACAUAACAUCCUUUGAUUACCAACAAUAAAAGUAUUCUUCAUACUUCAUUGUAUUGCAUGAAAGUCUAACCUGUGUAAAAACUAAUAUGUAUGGCCAACCUAUGUACAAUUGUCAAUGUUACUCCUCUUUGUCCAUAUUGUCCAUCUAAACUCACUGUCCCUUAAUAUUUUAUUUUUCUUUAACAUUCCUAAUUUUUUCCUAAGAGGAAAGCACAAUCAGAAUGUGAUAACUGAAUUCCUGAUACGAGUUUCUCUCAGCAGCUGAUGUAAACGCUGGUUGUGUUGGCAUGACAAUGCCGUAGCUUCGCCGCGGCAGCGUAUGCUUCGUUUUGUGCCCUCUUGACGAAUUGAACUGAAUAUAAGAAUGAAGUGUUACGAGCGAACAUUUUCGCUGAUCGACAGUAUUACCGAACAUCAUUGUUCUCCUGUUGAUUAUUGAGCUUGCAGCAACAAGAACGGACACUCACUGUGAAGUCUUAAUGACGUUUAAAGUCAAUUGAAAUUGAUACGCCAUUGAUAAGACAGGAAACUUUGAGAUUAGGACAAAUUGAGCAUGCCUUUCUCUCUUUUGAAGGCAUAUUCAUUCUGAGAUAUGGGGGUUGUUAUGCUGUCUUUUAAUAGGCCACAAGUCUUUAGAAGAAACUUUAAACUUCCUGCAAAGUUCAGUGUUUCCUAUGCUUCUUCCCGUUGUUAGGGACUGACCUUAAUGUUCCUAUACGUUUAUAUCAUCAGUCCAACACUUUCACUCACACAAUCACAGCCAUUGACUGUUUGACCCCAGCAUGUUUUAGUUUCCUCUGCUGAUCGGUUUAGUUCAGCAGAGAAAGCACUUUGGCAGCUCUUCCAGUACCGACCUAAUGUAUUUUGGUUUUUCUUUCUUUCUUUCUUUUUUUAAUGCAUGAAGAGUUUAAGCCUGUGUGAGCAUCCCUAUCACUCCGUUCAAUGUAAAACAUUGCCUACCCUGUGGAACAAUGUUUAUUUUAUAUGAUAAAUAUAUGAAAGUUUGUAUGUAUCCGUGUACAGUAUGUAUGUAAUGUGUAUACGUAUAGAAUGUCUUGUGUGCAAUAGCCUUGUGUUUUAGUAGCAAGCUACCUGUGCUAAAUCGGUACAAUCCCAAACACUAAUGUAGGUACAUACACAUUAGUUCAUUCCUUUUUCAAAUAAAA